GGGGUUUAAGUUCAAUCCUCCCCACGCCAAUCGAUUUCCGCCGAACUUUCACGUCCUCGUCGGCCAUGGCGGCGGUGCUCCAGACCUUCGAGGCAGCUGCCGCCGCUCCGACGGCCGGUAGAAAGAGGAAGUCGAAUCACAGUAAGGCAAAGAAGCCAAGCAAGAAGUUCAAGCGGACGCACAUGGUAGCUGACAAGCAUCGGCAACCUAGCAACAAGAUGAAGAAGCUGUUCCGGAAGAGAGCCAGGGAGUAUCAUUCGGACGAAGAGGAAGGAGUUGACGAAGAACUCCCUGCGGAUCCUUCUAGCGACGAGGAGGAAAAUGGCGAGAAGGAUUUGUAUGUGGGAGAUUACGGGGGUGGCGAUUCCGAAGGAGAUGAGGAGGAGCAUGAGGAAGGAGGGCAGCAUGGAAUCACCAGGUUCCUCGAGGGUUGCAGGGCGUUUAAGGUCGCUUUUGCAAAGAUUAUGAAGAAGCACCUCCAAGAUGAUCCACUUGGCCCAGUUUUGUCCGCGCACAAAAAGCUUGUUGCGGAGAAGCUCGCGGAUGAGGAUUCUGAACAGAAGAUGAAAGGGGAGACGAAAAAACUAAAACAGUCUUCUUCCGAGAAGGGACAUGUGAAGCCUGAUACAUUCUUAGAUGCAAAGGAGAAGCUUCUUAUCAGCAUUGCAACUAAAGGAGUGGUGAAGCUAUUCAAUGCAGUCAGUAAGGCACAGAAUUCCUUGAAUAGCUCAAGUUCCAAAGAUGCAAAAGCAUUGGCAAAAAGAAGAAAGCAAGCAUUUUUUUCAGAGCUACAGAAGCCAACAACACAGAUCUCUGAUUCUAGCAAGAGAAACAGCAAUGAACCUGGAUGGGCUCCCUUACGUGAAAGUUACAUGCUUACUAAUACAAAGUUGAAGGACUGGGAUAAAAUGGCAGAGCCUUCAGCAGAGAUUGGUGCGGAGAAAGUUUUAUCUGAUAGUUCUUCAGAGGAGGAAUAGUAACCCAAAGAUGCUCUUCAGUAGUAGAAGCUCAGUUCAUGCAAAAAUGUAAAUUAUUCUCCAUAUUGUCAUAUUGUACUUGAGUUUCUAGGCGUGCGUGAGCUAUCGCCAAUUCCAUCUGGUUACGAGUGGAGAAGAUGCUAACACAGGAAAUUUUCAUUGUUUGUCAGUCUCUCUUUACUUAAUUACGAAUGCCUUAGGAAACGUAUAAUGUGGACGAAUAUGGUUGUUAAUUUCUUCUGUAACUUGAUGUCAUCUAAUUAUUACAACACUCUUGGUGAAGGGUGCCAUUUACUAUCCCUGUAACUUGAUGUUAUCUAAUUCUGUGAACACUCCUGAUGUGGGUGUUUUAAUGCA